GCUUUGGGAUGAUACACAUUAUGCUACGUCCCACAGGACCACUCACUCUCCAACAACAUUCUCUCAAGUCUGUGACAACUAUUUGGCUUCUUCCUGUUGUGACACUUGUCGUCGCAUCUUCUUCUGGAGGCAUGCUCGUGCCGGCGCUUCAGGUCUAUUCCCCCUCGUAUGCGUUGCUCACGGCGACGUUCUCCAUGUGCACGGUUGUAAUAGGUCUUAGCCUUUCCCUGAUGCUACUCACCAUAUACGUCCUUCGGCUGGUCGUAUAUGGUUACCCCACGGGUGCAUCGAUCCUGUCCGUCUUUCUUCCCGUUGGUCCUUGUGGACAGGCAGCAUACUCGUUCCUUAAGGCUGGGGUCCGCUUUCCGCUCUCUGUUACCUCUGAAUUAUGGCGAUCCAGGCGGAGUGUUGCGGCAGUCUGGAACAGGUGCAACAGUGGAGGUGAUAUGCGUGGUUGGCGCACUGGUGCUAUGGUCGGUCUCGGUUACACUCUUCGACAGGAACGCAUUGUCAUUCUGGGGGACUGUCUUUCCUAACGUGCGUACCUAUAGCUUUUUGUUGGAGGGUAAUCACUCAAUCUGACUAUCCACGGGGGGUCUACGCAAAGCUCAACUUGACUUUGGCAACAGC